UUGUCUCCGCCUGUUCCAAAAAGUUUCUCGAAGGCAACUUGCAGCUCGGCUCAUUCUCCCGGCAACCGAUGAUAGGUUUGGGAGUAUUUAUCUGAUUGGGUUGUUCGCAUUCUUGGGGAAGUGAAUUUUCAAUUUUCUUUCGGAGUCUAUUAUGUAAAGAGCCUUUUAAUUUUGAUUGAGUCCAAACGGUAUCAAGGUGUUUGAGUGAACAGGAGCAGAGUUUUAAUAUCGGUCCAGACGCAGCUCACAGAUUGAGACACUCCGCUGGAAAAUGACUUCUCACGAAUUUCCAGAUGAUGUCAAAAUGAUCGGACUGAUAGUGCUGGGGCUUUUGUGUGGAGAGCUCUCUGCAGACACUCACUCUGUCCGGUAUUUUGCCACUGGCAUGACUCCAAUUCCCAGUUUCCCAGAGUUUGUGCUUGUUGGUUAUGUGGAUGGGGUCCAGUUUGUUAUGUACGACAGUGAUCGGAAAGAGCUAAUCCCCCGGGAACAGUGGAUGGUGGAGAGUGAGGGGCCUGAGUUGUGGAAAAGGAAACUAUUCCUCAUUCAGAAGCGGGAGGAUGUUUUCAGACACUAUUUUCCAAUAGUGAUGUCACUGACCAACCAGACAGACGGGAUUCACACAUUGCAGAUGAUGAUCGGUUGUGAUCUGAGGGACAAUGAGAUGGUGAGUGCUGUCAAUCAAUAUGGGUGGGAUGGACAAGGCAUUAUCAGUUUCGAUAAGGAUCAUGUCGUGUGGGUGACCCAAGUCCCCUGGGCGGACAGCAUCAAAAACAACUUGGACCAGGAUAAGUUCAACAACCAGCAAUGGAAGCAUUUUUUGGAGGUGGAGUGUGUUGAGUGGCUGAGGAAAUACCUGGAAUAUGGACAGAGAGAACUGAGUGUAGUUGCCCCCAUCGUGUCCCUUACCCGUCUGGGCAAUUCCAACCAGCUGUCCUGUCUCGUUACUGGGUUUUACCCCCAAGCCAUCGAGGUGACCCUGUGGAGGGAUGGAGUAUUGGUUGAUGAGACACUGUCCACUGGAAUCUUACCCAAUCAUGACAGGACCUACCAGAUCCGGAAAUGGAUGGAGUUUGAUCCGGUGGAUCAGGCUGAGUAUUCCUGUCAGGUGGAACACAGCGGGCUGGAGGACAAGCUGGUAGUGAUUUACGUCCGAAAGCCUCACUCUCAGGUUCCUGUUAUUGUUGGGAUUGUGCUUGGAGUCCUCGGAAUCAUCGCUCUUGCAGUUGUGGCUGUCUUCAUGUACAAGAAAAAAGUAAGAGGGAUGAGCAACUACAAUUCUACAAAAUCUCUUGGUGAAACCUCAUCCACAGACAGUUCUGUCAGUAUCUGAGUGGCCCCAAUUCAAUGAUGUCCUAUAAGGAAUGACCGGUUAAAACAUUCACUCUUGAUUCUGAAGCGUUUCAAAUCGAUGAUGCAAACAAUAAAAUCUCAAUACUCUAUGUGUCUUUCUAAUAUCUGGCCGUAUUAUCACUGUGUGACAAUAUGAUUCUUAUUCCUGGGUAGAAACGUUGUCUUCAAAUGGUGAUUCCAAAGUGACUGUGCAUCUGGCACCGACCUCUGAGGCACUGCAACAUGUACGUGUGAACGCUGUGCCAGCCAUUCAUCGAUGGUACAGUUCCAGAUCUUGGGUUAAAUAUUCAUUAGUAACACAGAAAUCCCUUCACAGUCUUAUUGAACUCAGUCAUUGCCUUACUGCUGUGUCAUUACAAAAAAUGUCAUGAACCAUCUACCUGCCCAGGUAUGUCACAGGCUCAGGAUUUCUGCCUUCAACAAUUUUCCAAGUAAAAGCACCUAUUGGUUUUAAACUAUCUCGUGUCAAGCUUGACUAAAGUAGAGGAAUCAUGGUAUGCGGCUAGCAUGUGUGGGAUUCCAGGUUUGCCUUUGUUUGCCUUUUCUCUGGGUUGCUGAGAUUCUACUAAAGUAUUUAUCUUUUUGCCCUCAUACAGCAGGAUACCUGCUUUUACAAUCAGCGACAUUAUACAUCAUUAUGUGUACUUACUGUCUAUUCAGUACCUCAAAAAUGUUCAGGUCACUAAAAUAUUAGGCCAAAUUUCCAUCCAUUCAACUCCCAAUUGCUUCACCCUAGGACUGAUCACAAGCAGGAAUAAAAGUUACAACUGAGCUCAUGAUUCACAUCAGCAUUUGCAUAACACAGUUUGUGACUACUCUAAUUUACAAUGGUACUAAAGUCAUUCUGAAAGAUCAAAGAAAUUUAAGCAGCGUACAUUCAGUUGGAUGACUUAAAUUAGCUUUCGUUAAUUUCCAAUAAAAUAAUAGUAGGGAAGUCUUUUGUAAUAACACUGAUGAUGGUUAUUUGAUUUAUGCUUUCAAAUCUGGGAUC